AUGGAGUCGGAAGAAACAUCCCUUUUGGACCCCCAGAGCUCAGUGGACGUAAUCGUCCUGGAACAUGAAAAGGUAUACCUGCGCUUCAGUCCCCGGCAGAAGAGAGUAGUCGUAGCUGUGGUGUCUUGGGCGGGUCUCAUUCCCCUAUUCGUGUCUGGCUCUUUCGUACCGUCGAUACCCCAGAUUGCGAGGGAACUGCAUUCUACCGGGCCUGUGAUUAGUUUGGCUGUCAGUCUUGCGAUGCUCUCCGGGGCCAUCAGCAGCCUAAUAUGGGCGACAUACUCCGGCCACUACGGCCGCCGACCCGUCUUCCUUGCCUCCUUGCCCUGCCUCUGCGCCGGCUCGCUGGGUGUCGGGACAGCCACGUCCAUCCGUUCGCUCAUGGUAUGGCGCGUCGUUCAGGCUUUCGGUGCGUCCAGCGGGCUCUCUGUCGGUGCGGGCGUGAUCGGCGACAUCUACAAGCUCGAGGAGCGUGGGACUGCGAUGGGAAUCUUCUUCGGUGCGACGCAGCUCGGCGUUGCGCUCGCGCCCGUUGUCGGUGGCAUCGCGACGCAUUAUGCGUCGUGGCGCGUCACGCAGUACGCGCUGUUCUUCGCAGGCGUGCUUGCGCUUAUCCUGACUGCGGUGUACCUCCCCGAGACGAGCCACCCUGGCGCGCGGGGCGUGGACAAGUCUGCUGAGGACGAGCCUGAGGGGUGGCGGUGGGUGUGGCUGAACCCGUUUGCGAGCAUCGCGUUGCUCCGCAGUCCGAACCUCUUCGCGAUCACGCUCGCAGCGACGUUUGUGCUCCUGACGGAUUUUGUUCUCCUCGUUCCGCUUCCCUACACCAUCGCUGCACGCUACAACAUAACGAAUGAGGCCCUCAUCGGCGCGUUCUUCAUGGCAGCCGGCUGUGGCAACGUCAUGGGCGCGCCCAUCGCAGGGCGGAUCUCCGACAAGAUCGUGGUGAAAUGGCGCACACGCCGCGGCGGGAGGUGGGUGCCCGAGGACCGGCUGCGCGCGACGGUCUUGCCCGCCCUCGUGCUCGUCCCGUGUUCGAUCCUCUUCUCGGGGCUCACGACGCGGUUCGUCGCCGGGCGCGUUGGGAUCGCACUUAAUCUCGUGUGUCUGUUUAUGAACGGCAUCGGGGUCGACCUCGUGCUGAGCCCGCUCGCGGCGUACAUGGUCGAUGUGAUGCACUCGCGCAGUGCGGAGCUCAUUGCGGCGCAUAAGGGCACGCGCAACCUGAUAGUCGGCGCGGUGACGUCGGGUGUCCUGCCGCUGAUCAACCUUAUCGGCGUCGCGGCGACAGACGGGAUCGCAGCGGUGCUUGCGUGGGCGGGGUUCGUACUGUUGUGGGCGACGAUACGAUAUGGGGAGAAGAUGCGGGCGUGGCUCGAUGUGGGAUACUCGACGAUGAGAGAUAACUGA